AUGUCAUCCCCUCAGGUAAUCAUCACCGGUGCAUCCAAAGGUAUCGGGCUCGCGACAGCUCAGGUGCUGCUAGAGGUGUAUGACGCCAAGGUGGUGUCCAUCUCGAGGAGUACGACACCGGAGUUGGAGGCUCUGAAAGCCAAGUUUGGGGAUAAACUCGUGGUCGUUCUGGGCGAUGUCUCCGACCCCGAGGUCUCUCUCGAAGCGCUCAAAGUGAUGCCCUCUCCUACCGGACUGGUGCUGAACGCCGCCAUAUGCCUCUUUGGCAGGGUCGAAAAGUGCGACCCCUCCGACUGGCGCAAGACGUUCGAGCUCAACGUCUUCUCCCUCUUCCACACACUCGUCCCCGCCAUUCCCGCGUUGAGGGAGAAUAAAGGCAGGGUGGUGUUUGUUAGCUCGGGGAGCGCGGUGGGGAAGACGACGGGGAUGGCGAGCUAUAAUGCUAGUAAGGCGGCUAUGAACGCCGUGUGCAGGACGUUUGCGAAUGAGGAGCCGGACAUUGCCAGUUUCGCCGUUCACCCGGGGAUGGUCGAGACGGAGAUGCAACUGAACUUCUUGAAAUCUGCCCCUGCUCAUCUUAGUCCUGCAGAAGCAGACUGGGUCGCAAGUGUACACUCCUCGGGUCAGCUUGUCAAGCCUGAGGACUCGGGCUACGUCCUGGCAUCACUGGUGGUGAAGGGCUCUUCAGACCUCAGUGGGCAAUUCUUCUCCUGGAAUAGCCCAGAGGCACAGCCUUAUAUGAAGAAAUGA